UCUUUGGUCGCCCCGCCUCAUCUCGGGGGUUUAUAAAUUGAAAAAGAGAACUUCUUCUGACUUGAAGACUGAAGCUUCACAUUGAAAAAGAACAUAAUGGAUGCAGAACAUGACAUCGCCGUCAUCGGGAUUGGGUGCAACUUCCCUGGAGGUGAAGGCUUGGAUAAUUUUUGGAGGGUUCUGUUGGAGGGGCAAAACUGCGUUGUGGAUAUUCCAGCCGAGAGGUUUGACAGAGAAUCCUGGUACGAUCCCGAUGGCAGCAAACCUGGAAAGACGCAAACCACCAAAGCUGCUCUUAUAGAUGGGGUGAACGAGUUCGAUACCAAUUUUUUUGGCAUGGCCGAGGCAGAGGCGGACGUCAUGGACCCUCAGCACAAACUGCUCCUUCAGUGCACCUUCAGGGCCUUGGAGGACGCCGGCAUCCCCAUGGAGCGCAUCAGUGGAAGCGCAACCGGAGUUUAUAUCGGUCUAAUGAACCGAGACUACGAGAUGCUCCGAAGCCACAGCCCCGCCUCCAUCAGUCACUACAAUGCCACGGGGACGGCCACGAGCCUGGCAGCCAACAGGAUCUCCUUCGUCUUCAAUCUCACGGCUCCCUCCUUUGCCGUGGACAGUGCCUGUUCCUCCUCCCUGGUGGCUCUGCACAUAGCCUGUCAGGCAAUAAGACAAGGGGACUGCGAGAUGGCGCUGUGCGGCGGCGUCAACUGCAUCUUGGAGCCCCGAGUGUUUGUGGCCCUCAGCAAGGCCGGGAUGAUCUCGCCCGAAGGCACCAGCAAGCCCUUCUCCGGCCAGGCAGAUGGCUACGGCAGAGGCGAGGGCUGCGGGGUCAUUCUCCUUAAACCGCUCAAAAAUGCGUUACAAGACUGCAACAAAAUCUGGGGUAUCAUCGCCAAAACGGCCGUCAACCAAGAUGGACACUCGGUGUCGCCGAUCACCAAGCCCUCCUUGCAUCAACAAGAGGCGCUGCUGAAAGGAAUAUACUCCGAGCUAGACCUCGCUGAUGUCCAGUACAUCGAGGCUCACGGGACUGGAACCCCGGUUGGAGAUCCGACAGAGGCAAUGAGCAUCUCAAACAUCGUUGCCAAAACCAGAUGCUGUGGUACAGAUACUCUACGGAUCGGCUCCGUAAAGGGAAACAUCGGACACACAGAAUCCGCAGCAGGAGUGGCUGGACUCAUCAAAGUGCUCCUCAUGAUGAAGCACCAGACUAUCGUUCCGUCUGUUUUCUACUCCCAAGAGUGUUCCCGCAUAGAUGCUGAAGGUAUGAGGAUUAGUAUUCCAACAAAAGCUGAAAGGUGGAAGACGAAUGGAUCGUUGAAGCGAGUCGCUGGGAUUAACAGUUUUGGAUUUGGAGGCACAAAUGCGCACAUAAUUGUAAGAGAGUAUAAACAACCCACAUGUCCCGCACAGAUCCCAAAAGAUGGUCCUAGGCUUUUUGUAACAUCUGCAGCCUCUGAGAAAUCCUUGCUCCGAUCCCUCACUGAUACCCACAGUAGGCUUCUUGAUGGCCAAGCGGCAAACAUGCAGGCGUUAUCAUACACCUCAGCCUGUGGACGGAGCCACGUGAAGCACAAAUACCGCAAGGCGAUCCUCACGUCAUCCCUCUCAGAUUUAAAGCAUCAGCUGGCAUCCUUGUCGAAAGCAAAAGUGCCGUCGACGAAGUCAAACACUGAGGUGGUGUUUGUGUUCAGUGGAAACGGUGUUGCCUUCACAGGCAUGUGCAGCCAGCUCUUCAGCACCAUUCCUCUUUUUAAAGACAAGGUGAGAGAGGUGGAGGUUCUCUUUCAGAAGAAGAACCAACACAUCAGAAUCACUCAGUGGCUUUCUGGAGAAUGUGACAUGCACAAACCUAGUCGGCCAGAUGUUGUCCAGCCUCUGCUUUUUGCUGUUCAGGUCGCCAUAGCAGCCCUCCUGAAGCACUGGGGUGUCAAACCUGACACAGUGCUGGGACACUCCUUAGGUGAGGUUGCUGCUGCUCACUGCUCAGGUCUCUUGGCUCUUGAGGAUGCUGUCAAAGUGGUUUACCAACGCAGUGCGCUUCAAAGCGGGGCCACUGCUGGAAAGAUGCUUGUGGUGGGCAACAUACUCGUAGAAAAAGUGCUGAGAAUUCUUCAGGACUUCUCAAAGAGUAUUUGCGUGGCUGCCUUCAACAGCCCGCAGUCUUGCACAUUGUCAGGAGAUGAAGAUGCUAUAGAUGUCCUCCAUGACAAAUUGAACAGGAUGUAUAGCGAUGAGAAUAUCUUUCUCCAUAUUUUAGAUGUUCCGGCAGCUUACCACAGUCAGCUAAUGGAUCCUAUCCUUGAAGACAUUCAGAGUAAUUUAGAUUGUUUGGUCGUCAACAGCAUGGAAUGCAAGCUAUUUUCCACUGUGACAGGAGACAAGUAUGUGCAUGGUGAAUUUGAAACUGGUAGCUACUGGGCAAAGAACAUCAGGGAACCAGUUUUGUUUGAGGGAACGCUAUGUGCCAUUGCGAGAGAUAACCUGUCAGUGAGAAACAUGGUCUUUGUGGAGAUUGGACCUCGCAGGGCUCUUCAAAGGCACAUCCACGAGACGCUAGGAAAGGACGUUAUUGUUCUUUCCUCUGUUCAACCACAGAAAGAAUAUGAAACCAUCUUGUCUACGGUGGGGAAACUAUUUGAACUGGGUGUCAAUGUGCACUGGCAGGAGCUCUACCAAGGUUAUAAAACACCACCCACAGCGUUCCCAGUCUAUCAUUUUGACAACACAAAAAAAGAGAUGUACUUUGAGGAUGUCAGAAAAGGAAAUGAUUUGUUUUCUUCUUCACCACAUCCACUGAUAUCUCAAGUAAGGCAGAACAACAAACAGUAUGUGUGCAGUGUCACUGCAAAGACUGCGCCGUAUCUCUGGGAACACAAACACAAUGGCGUUGCCAUCGUGCCCGGCGCCUUCUAUGUGGAGCUGGCUUUUGCUUCUGUGUUGGCCGAUUUGAACCCGAAGAGGCCCAUGUCCUCUCUCCAGCUCAGUGUGACAUUCCAUAAUCUGCUUAGCACUAACAAUCACCAAUUGAAAGUGAGGCUUGCAGAAACUAAUUGUGUCUUUACAGUAAGUUCCUCUGCCGGCACUCAUGCCUCAGGUACCUUCAGGUGCACGGAUGGACCGGCUGUGUUUGAGGAACCAAGUAUUUGUCCGGAGAGAAUCCUUAAAAGAUGCAAUUUGAUUGUCACGACCCAAGAAUUUUACUCCAUUCUUUCUAGAGCGGGAUUUGAAUAUGGCUCUGUUUUCAAACAGCUGCACAAUGUUCAUUUUGGAGAUGAAUUUAAAGAGGCAGUGACAACAAUCCAUGUCCCAAAAGAACUCCUGAAGCAUCUUCACGACUAUUUCAUCCAUCCUGUGCUGUUGGACUCUUUCUUUCAAAUGACCGCUGUCAUAGCUGCGAGGCAUUUCUCAGCCAAGCAGGGCUUCCCCUCAGCAAUUGGCAGUGUUGCCAUUUCGGGACUACUGCAAGAGGAGAUGAUUAUCUACAUGCGUGCAACUGAAGAGAUGCCAAAUUUCAUGAAAGUGUGUGGUUGCUUCGCCACCAAAGGUGGGAAAGUACUGGUGGAACUUCAGGAGGUACAGAUUACGUUCUUGGGUGGUAGCUCGCCUGCUUCUCAAUCAUUAUUUUUCCACAAUGAAAUCGUUCCCAUCACAAACAAGACGAAUUGUGACCGGAAGAUAAGAGCGUUCAUUUUUGCAGACGAGCUGGGCAUUGCUGAGGCUCUUGGGCCAUACUUGCACCCAGAGUCGUGCUCCGUGGAGGACAGAGAGCACUGGACACCUGGCGAACUUCAAGACCUUGUUCUUGGCAGCAACUUGAGAAAUGUUCUCUUCAUUUGGGCCGCGGAGGAUCUGAGUCACUUAUCAGCUUGUAGGACGCUGGACCGGUUGGUGGCCUGCUGUGAGUCAUUCCGGCAGGUUGUGUUAACUUUGAAAGAGGACCAACAAUCUUGCACUGUGCAUGUUAUAACCUACAGGUCCACAGAGAUGAUGGUAGACUGUGUAAGUUCUGGUUUUGUGCUGUCUGGUAUGAUGAGGGCUUGUGCAGCAGAGGUACCGGGUAUCUCUUUUCAGCUCAUUGACCUGAUGUCUCUCACUAGAAUGGACAUUGAGUCUCUAGUUGGUGUCAUUAACACUUGUAAACAAUCAGAAGUCAUUGUUGGUCAAGGAAAGGUGUGGACAACAAGCAUAACACGCACACACAUAGUGGACAGUGGAUCAUUUAAGGGUGAUAAACCAUUAGUAAGAGAUUUUGUCCUACAGACUAGUCAUCCUUACAGAGUGGAAGGCUUGACUGCUACCCCCCAUAAACCAAAUGACUGCACUGUCCCAGAUAAAUCAGUUGAGGUUCAGCUCGCAAAUGUGUGUGUCCAUUCGUCAGAUUACUUCCCUGUGACACUCUCACACCUAAAUUUUGGAAAGACGCUGUAUUGGACCAACCGCACGGCACACCUUCACACAUUGCUGGCUCUCGACUUUAGCGGCAUUGUCACAGCUGUUGGGAAAGACGUUCGCGGCCUAAGAGAGGGUGACUGCAUCGCGUCAAGUUACCCGGCUGCUGCAGCGACGAGGUUUGUCAUUCCGGAAUCUGUGUGUUAUGACACGAAGAAACUUCGAUUCCUGGAGGAAUGUCCAAGUAUAUCAUUCUUCAUCCUGGCAUGGGAGAUCCUGCAGCGCACUCUUCCCACUGUGAAACCACAACAACAGAAUAAACUGACCAUUAUCACUCCAGACCUAGCUUCUGCAUUUAUGAAUGUUUUAGCCUUGACGGCAAACAGGUCGGGCUGGAAUGUAUCCUGUUUGCAGCAUUUUUCAAAGCGAGAUCCAAGUCCUGAUCCAUGCCGAGUCUUUGUCUUCCUGCCCCCGUUUGACGACUCGUGGCAGGACUUACGUGAUGAUUACGGCCAUGAGGGACAUGUUGUCUUUGUGUGCGGAACACUGCAGUCAUCCCCACGCUGGGCAAAUGUGUUCCUGUUCAAGAACGACUUCCUCCACGUCCAUGUGCUCCAUGUGACUCAUGUUCUUCAAAGAGUUUACCUCAAAGCGCAAGGUCAGACCAUCUUUAAGUGGCUCAUGUCACUUGGCUUUAAUCAAGUGUCUCUGCCUAUUAAAAGGGAGAUGUUUCAGAUCUCAAACACAGCAAAAGCUCAAGCUAACGAAUCAUAUUUUGCCUCCAAGACAGUGCGGCAGGUGGUUUUAGAUCAGAGAGCGCCAAACUGCCAGUUGUCAGACAUUGUGCUGCUGAGCAAGCCGAGACAACUCUUUAAAAAAUACUGUACUUACAUCGUAACUGGAGGCCUCACCGGUUUGGGUUUUGAGACGGUUAAGUUCAUUGCCUGCAACGGAGGCGGUAGUAUUGUAACUCUGUCCAGGGGCACGCCGACGCACGAAACAUAUUCUGAACUAGAUCUCAUCCAGAAGAGGUACAACAUCACCAUCAUGAACGCUCAGUGUGAUGUUUCUGUGUCGCAGCAGGUUGUGGAAGCCAUCUCAAAAAUUGAACAGAGAUUGAGUUGUUAUCCCAUCAAAGGGGUGUUUCACAGCGCUGCCGUGCUCCACGAUGCGCCCAUAGAAACCAUCAAUGCGUCCCUGCUGCAGAAGGUACUGCAGCCCAAAGUGAGCGGAGCCUUAAAUCUUCACUUUGCCACGCUACACAAGAAGCUCGACUUUUUUGUGUGCUUCUCUUCCAUCUCAUCGAUUGUUGGCAACGAGUUGCAGUCCAGCUAUGCAGCGGCCAAUUCGUUCCUUGACAAAUUUUGUCUUUACCGGAGGAACCUUGGCUUGGUCGGACAGUCCAUCAACUGGGGUCCUCUGAACCUCGGCCUACUGCUCAACAAGAAAUGCAUCCAAAAACACCUAGAGGCCAAAGGGAUGAUGGUCAUGGAUGUGGAUGAGAUCCACGAAGCUCUUGCCAAGGUUCUUCUCAGCAACAGACCUCAGCAGGUCGUAUGCAAGCUCAACUUUAAAAACGCCUCCCUCAGGGGACAACUGUCAGCCUUGUUGGAGGCAGAGCUGAAAGACAACGGUUGCAUCGAUCCCCCAGUUCUGCAGUUGUGUUCCCCACAUGAAAGCGUAAGAAGGAUCGUCUGUGACGUUAGCAACCUUAGCGAGGACGAGCUGGAUAACAACGCCACUCUGGGUGCGCUGGGUGUUGACUCCAUGUUGGCUAUAACACUUCAGAAUAAGAUAUUGCAAGAGACAAAUGUAAAUAUACCAUUGGUCAGGAUACUGGACCCAAACACGACAGUGGCAACUUUGGAAAGUUUGGUGAUCAAUAAUAAUGUAAGGUCAUAUGAUGCAUGA